AUGAUUGCAAAGCCACCAAAAGCCAAGAUUAAUAAAAUACAAGAUGUUCUUGGAUUGUUCGCAAAAUCCUGCGUUACUUUUGCGAUGAAUUAUUGUUUGGCAUUCAAAUUAACUUGGAUACUAUUCUAUCAUGUAUAUGCUCUGAAAGAUGAAUCUAACAAUCUACUCAACAGUUCUUCAGUUAGUAUCGAGAGAACUACUAACAGCCAUGUUAAUUUGUCAAUCCUUAAAUCCAAUUUACCUACAUUGGACUAUGUUUUCACAUCUGUUAAUGUUACACCGAAAUCAAAGCUUACAACAUCAAACGUCACCGUUAUUUCCGAAGAUAUGUCGACUACCAAACUUUCGAAUUCUACUAAGCAGUUGGAUAAAUUUUUAUCAGAGAAAACUACAGAGGUUAGACGUAUAACAACUGGAACGCAUACUAUCCAAGAGGAAGAAGUUGCUGAAAUCGAUGAGUUUGAAAAAAACAAAUUAGGCGAAAGCUCUACCCAUUCAGGCGAUUCACAUGCUGACCUAAUACAAGAGCCACGAAGAAAAGAUUCCAAGGAUAGUGGGCAACAGAUAGAUCCCGGACAGUCUAUAUUUGACAGAAAGCAUCCUACCGAAUCUGAGUCUAAAAAAUCCAAUGGAUUCAUAUAUCAAGGCGACUCUGGUACUGUAGUUCACGAUAAAUUAUAUACUCCCGAUAUAUCCGUGAGUUACGUCCUCGUACUAUGCUGCAUUCUAGUUGUGCUUAUUCUGUGCAUUUGGAAACCUCUUUGUCAUAUAUUGUACAAUAUAUACGGUGGGUGUUGUUCACGAUCUCGUGUUAGUAGAAUUGAUCUGAAUAGCAAAGUGGCAUAUCGUCAUUUAAAUACAGAGGAGUUUUAA